AUGCGUUUGUCAAGCCUCUUCCUUUACGCCACUACCGCCUUGACCGGUGCCUCUGCCGGUUCGACCCAGCCGAUCCUGUUCGCAGCCACGUACACUACCAACCCCGCGCAGGGCGUCUACACGUACAAGUUCAACACGACGGAUGGAUCCCUGACGCAGUGGGCGAUCACACCGUUCCUCAUCGGGUCUGGAGGGAUCAACCCUUCGUAUCUGCAGGAAUCGACCAAGAAGCUGCACAACGGCAAGCGUCUCAUCUACGGCCUCAACCGCGCAACCGGAGUCGGAUACGUGUCGGCGAUGACGCUGAACGCCAAUGGCACGCUCGAUGUCCUCAACACGCAGCAGAUGCAGGGCGGAUCUCCGGCUCACGUCACGCUGAGUCCUAACGAGGACUUUGUUGCUGUGGCCAACUAUGCCGGCAGCCUCUCGCUCUUCCCGCUGUAUGAGAACGGCACGGUCGCGCCGGAGACGUUCUACGAGGCGUUCCCGAACGGCAGCCACGUCGUGAUGGACAACCAGGCCACGGGUCAUAUCCACAGCACGAGGUGGCUGCCCAACUCGAACCACGUCGUCGCUGCGAACCUGGGCGGUGAUACGCUGCUGGAGUACGAGCUGGACGCGAAGAAUCAGACGCUCAACAGCCUCGACACGGUAUACCGUCCACCUGGAUCGGGACCCCGCCACUCGGCGCUUAGCUCGAAUGGAGACUUCCUGUAUGUUACGAACGAGCUGUCUAACGCCGUUGGAGUGUACAAGAUCAACCAGCAGGAGGCUCUACUAGAGAGUCCAGCCGUUCAGAACAUCUCGACGAUCCCCGCCAACUUCACGACCACGACGACUGCAGCGGACAUUCACCUGUCCAAAAACGGCAAGUUCGUCUACGUGUCGAACCGCGGCCACAACUCGAUCGCCAUUUACGCGAUCAACGAGGCAGAUGGCACGUUGACGUCGCUGGGUUGGGAGAGCACGCGAGGAAGAACACCGCGCGGCUUCACCAUUUACGAAGACUGGCUCAUCGUGGGCAACCAGAACACGAACGACGUGUACGUCUUCAAGGUGGACGAGGUUACGGGGUUGCUGACGUACACGGGCAACUCGUACCAGAUCCCAAGUCCAGUGUGUCUCUAUGUAUCUGAAUACGUUCUUUAG